AAAACUACAUUUCCCGUCAUGCAUCCACGCGGAUAAAACUACUGCAUCCACGUGUUUUGAUUAACAUCGCGCGGUGCACGAGACACUACAGCACAAAUCUCAGAUUUACUCUAUUUUACCAGCAGCAUGGCAUCCGAGCUAGCAUUGCUGAGUGUUUCUGAUAAAACCGGACUGGUUGAGUUUGCCAGGCGUCUGGUAUCAGUGGGUCUGUCGUUAGUGGCAUCAGGUGGCACUGCUAAAACUCUCAGAGAUGCUGGACUCACUGUCAGGGAUGUAUCUGAACUCACUGGAUUCCCUGAAAUGCUCGGAGGAAGAGUCAAGACCCUUCAUCCUGCUGUCCACGGUGGGAUUUUGGCCAGACAAACUCCCUCUGAUAAGGCUGAUAUGGAAAAACUAGGCUUUAGUCUUGUCAGAGUGGCUGUGUGCAACCUUUACCCGUUUGUGAAGACCGUUGCAUCCCCCAGUGUGACUGUGGAAGACGCUGUUGAGCAGAUUGACAUCGGUGGAGUUACUCUUCUUCGAGCAGCAGCUAAGAAUCAUGCCAGAGUCACUGUAGUCUGUGAUCCGUCUGACUAUGAUGUUGUUGCCAAGGAAAUGGAAUCCUCCGACAACCAUAAUACCACAGUGGAAACCCGCAAGACUCUUGCACUCAAGGCCUUCACACACACUGCUCAGUACGACGAGGCCAUUUCUGAUUACUUCAGACGUGAAUACAGUCGAGGAAUUUCCCAGCUGCCCCUGCGGUACGGCAUGAACCCCCAUCAGGCACCUGCUCAGCUUUACACUCAACGCCCUGCACUUCCACUCACCGUGCUGAAUGGAUCUCCAGGCUUCAUUAACCUGUGUGAUGCUCUGAACGCCUGGCAGCUGGUGAGAGAGUUGAAGAGAGCUCUUGGGUUGCCAGCUGCCACUUCAUUUAAACAUGUCAGCCCUGCAGGAGCUGCAGUUGGCGUGGCUUUGAGCGAAGAUGAGGCCAAGGUGUGUAUGGUGAAUGACAUGCUCCAGGAUCUCACCCCUCUCGCCACUGCAUACGCCAGAGCCAGAGGAUCUGACAGGAUGUCCUCCUUUGGAGACUUCAUUGCUUUGUCUGACAUCUGUGACGUCCCUACUGCCAAGAUCAUCUCCAGAGAGGUUUCAGAUGGGAUCGUUGCUCCUGGUUAUGAGGAGGAAGCACUGCGCAUUCUCUCCAAAAAGAAGAAUGGAAACUAUUGCGUCCUUCAGAUGGAUCCCGAGUAUGAACCUAAUGAAGAAGAGGUGAGAGUGCUGUUUGGUUUGCACCUCAAACAGAAGAGGAACGGGGCUGACAUUGAUAAAGAGCUCUUCAGCAACAUUGUGUCAAAGGGCAAGCUCUCUGAGAGUGCGCUACGAGACCUCAUUGUAGCCACUAUCGCAGUGAAGUACACUCAGUCCAACUCUGUGUGUUAUGCAAAGGAUGGUCAGGUGAUUGGCAUUGGUGCUGGGCAGCAGUCUCGUAUCCACUGCACUCGGCUGGCAGGAGACAAGGCUGAUAACUGGUGGCUCCGGCAUCAUCCACGAGUGCUCAAUAUGAAGUUUCGCAGUGGAGUGAAGCGUGCAGAGAUGGCUAAUGCCAUUGAUCAGUAUGUCAGUGGAACAAUUGGAGAGGGUCCAGAUAUGGAAGUUUGGAAGGGUCUGUUUGAUGAGGUUCCUGAAACUCUGUCAGAGUUUGAGAAGAAGAACUGGAUCAGUUCUCUGCAGGCUGUGGCCCUCAGUUCAGAUGCUUUCUUCCCCUUCCGGGACAAUGUGGACCGUGCCAAACGGAGUGGUGUGGAGUAUAUUGCCGCCCCCUCUGGCUCUACUGCGGAUGAAGUGGUCAUGAAUGCCUGCAAUGAGCUGGGUAUUACCCUGGUGCACACCAAAAUCCGUCUUUUCCAUCACUGAAAAGCACUACAAAACAUCCAGUUGAAUACAAAUAUCCAACUAGUUUCACUGUUACGAAAGUAUAUGGUUUCUUUUUAGAUGCACAUCAUUUACUGUGAUUACAAGUUGUUAUGCAUAUUUCAUAACUUAGCUAGUCCACUUUGACACUAACUCAGUAGUUUGAAUUUUGCAAAGUUUCUCUUUGUCCUCACAUCCUAAAGCCAAGAGCAAAGUGACAUUAUUGCUAAGUAGUUAGGAACAUCAUUCAUACAUGGCUUCUUUAAUACUGAUAUGCUCAGAAUGAGAUGAUCCAUUACUGUUCUUUUAUAUUGUUUCUUUGCAUAAUUUCUGCCAUGCCGACCUUGUUGGGAGCUGCUGUAUGAAACCUUUGCUAUGUGAAAUUCUGUCCACAACACUUCCUGAGACAUUCCAAUGUGCUGCCAUUAGUGUCCAAGAGCAUUACAAAAUAAAAACCCAAAUCCGAUAUAAUUGUCAUAGAUUCCGUCAAGGGUUUAUUUGCAUUUGUUGACCUGAUUUGCAAGGUUUCUUUACUUUAUUCAAAAUAAUCCAAAAUAAUUUAUUUUGAGUGACAUUUUAUAAAUACAAUUUGUCAUGAGUCUUGCAAUAUAUCAGAAAAUGGAUUUAACAGUAAUGAGAAAUGGUGUAGACAGCAGAACGAUGACCAUCAAAUGAAACAAAAAUUAACGUUCUAUACAAUCCAAACACUUCUGAAUGAAGGGGAUAAAAACUCAAAAGAAUUUAGAAAAUUUACAUUUGUAUCAAUCUGAAAACAGUGCUGACCCAAAAUAAUCAAUAAGCCAUGUUUAAAAAAUUGUUUAUAUUAAAGAUGCAUUGAGACUAAAUUUUUGGUACCUCAGUGUACCCCCAGUGGUGUGCUAACAUUCUUAUAAAACAGUGCUUAUUUUUACUACUUAGUCUCAUGAUUGCCUCUAUAUUCAUUAAUGAAGUCUGAAAACCUCUGACAACAA